AUGAUGGAAACUGCCAAGAAUAUCCAGAAUCCCUUGCCCCCCGUAUUGCUACAUCCUUCCAAAUGGCUCUCGCUCUAUGAGGAUUUCGUGACCAAGAAUGCCAGCUCGGUCGGCCAAGUCGAGUCGGCACUGAGAUCGUUGACGUAUAUCAUCCCAGGACGAUACCGUGAAUCAGAGAUUCCUUCAGAAUGCGUGCACUCUGGCGUCCAGCUGUUGUCGCUGUAUCAUGAUUCUCUGGUGUCGCGUGUCAUAUCUCGGCUGCCACCCACCAUCCCUCGCCCGCCGCCGAGCCCCCAUUCCCGAUACACGAAAUACUGGACCUCUCGCUCUUCCCUAUAUCGCCAAGUCGCUCUUGCGCUUCAGAUGCUUCAGUAUACCGAAUUACUCUGGGAGAUGGCAGCACGGCGGCGGGGCCAGAAAACUCGGUGGCGCGUGGUGGUCUUCAUUGAAUUUGCCAAGGCAGUCUGCCGGUUACUUUUGCUUCGCUUGACUAACUCCAGACCACUCGUCAGCCCGCCACUCCCGGACCGCGAAGUGGACCCACGAUCGACGGAGGAGGAGGACCAGAGCGAUUGGAACGGCAUGCAGACUCCCGUGAGUGAGCGGUCCUCGGACCUGAGUUGGACGAUGCCUCGCACAGGACUCUCCCUGCCAUCCCUUCCGGACGUCGAGGAUGUUUCCAAUUAUCUCAUCUCCAAGGUGCUCACAGCCGAUGACAUCAAGUCACCCAGCGCACUCCUUCACCGUGUGACGGGGCAGGGACAAUUGGCCGAAGUCCUUUACAUUCUUCGGCCGGUGGUAUACGCACUGGCCAUGCAGAGGUGGAGUGGGGACAAGCGGAGCUGGCGGCCAUGGCUGAUUGGAUUUGGAAUGGAAUAUGGCUGUCGGCAGCUUGCUAAGCGGGAUUUCCGUGAACGAGUUGCGGGUGGUCUUCGGGGACUUACCGGGCUCGAGCGAGAGGAGCUGAAAAAGCGCGGGUGGUCCAUGGGCUGGUGGAUGAUGCGAGGCGCCUUCUAUGAGAACAUCACCAAGUCAUGGAUCCAGAGCGUCACCGGCAAGAUGAAGGGCAAGCCUCUCCUGGACCUGGUGGGCAGUGUGGUGGAGGACUAUGGAUACCUGUGGGACAACUACUACUUCUCGACCGCGACCUUGUGA